AGGUGCGCUUGGUCUUGCUAAGCUUCGGAAUUAUUUUUUCUCACUCCCUUAAAAUAGGGUAAGUUCGAAUGGUGUACAAUGUGUUCGAGUCGUUCUUAAACGUAAAAAUCGCAAUCCUGGUUAACAAGCGGACUAUCAGUCGCUGAAUGCCUUGCAAUAAUAUCCGGCUCGCAAAAGAGGGAGCUCAUGCCCCCUUACAACACACAUACCGAGAGGGAAGAUCUAUUGUAACUCUUCAUUUUUCGAAUCGCAUUAAGAGCGGAACGCGUAAUGACUAGUAGUGGCUCAUCUAAAUCACCUGACGGCAAUCCGGUUCGGCGACCAUUCGGGGAGCCAUUACUCAACGUACUGCAACCUCCAGUUAUGCAACGGUCAUCAGUCAGCUCCACGGCCAGCCAUCAGAUAAGUGUUUCUAUUAAUAUUAACACCGAUUCAAUGGGCCCACCGUCAUCUAGCGGCUGCGUUUCACCAUCAGCGUGGAAACAACAACAUAGAGGGAUAUGGCGGCCUGCGAGAGGUACGGUAUCGCACUUCUUUACUCCGACGUGGUCGUCGAAUAGUUCCGGUAUGACUCUGCCGCCAUCCAGCCCUUACAGCUCACAAUUUCCAUAUCUGGUAACCCAUAUCGGUAUCAGAACUACUGAAGGUGUAAUCCCACGCUCACCGAAUGACUAUGGUACACCGUUGGCAGUGAUGUCAACGUCGGAGUUCCCAGCAGGCCCGUCGACGCCCACAGAGGAAAUCCAAUCACAAUUAGCACUGCCAGACAAGCAUUUUCAAUCUAUGGUUAAGAACAUUCAAAGACUAGCACGAUCUGUUAACAUACAUGAAUUUCGUGAGGUAGACCUAAAAGAUCUCUUGGGCACAGAGAUGGUAAGCGAUAACGUAAUUGACGUCUACAUGCAAUAUAUCACUCGAAAUCGCGAUCUUGGGGCAUUCGCCUUCCCGGCGCGUUCUUUAGUUGGGGACCAAACGCUGAGCAUGGAAACAAUGGUGCAUUACAACAAGACCCCCAGCGACCAUAAACUGUUGCUAUUUCCCGUAAUAUUUGGUGACGCCAACGAGCGAACACAAAACCAUAUGGGAGUUGGUUAUCACUGGGGUUUAGCUGCUGCCAAUUUGGAGGACGGAGUAUUAGAGUAUUACGAUUCUUGGUUAGGCACAAUAGAAGAUCGAAGAACCGAGAUCAAUAAGAAACUCGCCCGAAUACUGGAGUAUAUUAAGACAUUUGCCGGACGUCAGGAUCUAGAAACCCGAAUACUAACGGAUAUACCUCAACAGUCAAGUAGCUUAGACUGUGGAAUCUUUACCUGUAUGUAUGCCGAGAACCUUGUAAACCGUACUCCGAUGAAUUUCUAUCAAGUCAACAUGCCAACUCUACGUCGCAAAAUAGCGGAAACUAUGAGUACCGCGGGUUAUACAUUAAGUGGCACAGGAGCGCGAUGGUACAGAUCGAAGGCACGUCCAAGCCGCGGAUUGGCUGCUCGUCGACGCUCUAGAGAAAAAAUGCGUUCAAGCUGAUCUGUGUAAUGUACGCGUCUGCAUUCUGUUAGGUGUGAGCGUAAGCAGGCGUAGCCGUAAUCACAAACACUGGCGAUUUGUAUCUAUUAGAAAUCUGUCAAAAUCUAGCAAUGUGGGCGGCGUGGUACAGGUUCGACCUAUGUACGACUCAAAAUUUGAAUAAAUUAUUGACCGGCGUCGUUUUUUUAUAUCUACUUAUAAAAAAAUGCAUGACUUACUCCCAGUGAUAUCGAUUAAACAGACGUCAAGAUGAAUCAAUAUUUGUACUUUCUCAUUAUACUCGCUGGCACUGAAAUUCAUAUAGGAUCGAAGCACAUGUGAACGACCAAGCCAGAUUUUUACUUAAUGGGUGCGUCAUUUGGGCCGUACUAAAUCAACUGUUUAAGGAUAUCAUCUUAAUGCAACCCAGAAAGCUCUUGCGUGCAGGGUCUAAGGACUACGGAGUGAUCCAGCCAGAAUAUUGUUAAGCAUCGAGUGACGCAGUAAAGAAAACUGGUAGGCAUUAGGGUCUACGUCUGCACCACAGUAGUAGCUGUGCAGUGCAAAUAACGGGGACCCCAGGCGCAGAAACCCAAACUUGCCGGUACUGCCGAAAAUUGAUCAGAUUGACAAGAAAUAUUUUGUCAAUAUAUAAAAUAUAUAAAAAAAAAAUAUAUAAAGCAGCAUGCAUCUCGUUAAAGACUAAUCUGAAC